CAAGACUUGCCAGUGUUUGACGAACGAUGUGAGGGGGUGGUGGUCUCGCUAUUUGGUGUUUAAAUAUGCUGCAUUUGCCCCCAAUAGGGUGGUGGAUUCCCUAGUGAUGGUGAGCAAAGGUGGCAGUCAAGUGUCCACUUCUACAGGGGUUAAUGGUGGUGUCCUAUGCGGUGUGUCCGUGAGGGGAGUGUGAGAGCACCACCAGUGAGGAGCAGCAGGCGAUGGUGCCAAGUCACUGCUGGAGGAGGUGGUGGUGGUGGUGGUGGUAGUGGUGCAGCAGACAAGUUGUUCUAUGCUGUACCAUCCUGUAACCUUCCUUCCUGCCUGCGUGGACCUGCCUGCCUGCUGCCCUACAGGAGUGAACCUUACUGGGCUGACAUUUCUACCGGUACAGCUUCUCCCGGUUGUGGAUAACUGAAGAAGAAAAGACCCUGGGAAAUUUGUAUUUAUUUAUUUAUUAACUUAAACAACUUGUGAGUGAGUCCUGUACUAUUGCCAGACAACCCAGACCUUGUUGAUUGGUGUUACCUGGCCAGCCGUCAAGCAAUCCAGGUGUCAACAGGACCUUAAGUGGCCUAUGAACUGUUUGAAGUGCACAACCCUCGUACUAUUACUAUUAUUAAUACUACAGAACUAUAGUGUGUGUUGUAGUGUUUAAAAAGUGUCUAUACAUAUAUAAAUAUAUAUAACCGGCCAGUCUUGUAUAGUAACAGAUUAUAAUAUUGUAGUGGUGAAUAGUAUAUAACCUGUUUAUAUACACACGAAAGUAAUAAAUAAGGAAAACACAUGAUAAAGUGUGAAAACAAAUCUGCAGAUGUGCUUCAACAUUAUAAAGUGCUCAGAAAAAAGUACAGAAAUAAAGAAUAAGAAAAACUGGUUAGCCGAUAAGUAAAGAGAGGAAAUAAGAAAAUAAACCCACAACACUUGUGAAAGUGCUCAGAAAAGAUAGAAAUUAAAGAUAAAAACUACAAUUUCUUGAAUAAAAUACACGUUAAAACUAAAACUUGAAAGUACUUGAAACAAAACGAGGGAGACGGAAGAAAAAAGAAGAAAAACAAAAGUAAACAAACUUAGGAAACGUGAAAAUUACAUAAAAAAAACCUACAUUUGCUCAACUUCAUUGCGUUAGUGGUGAGUGUGUGUGCGUGUGUAUAUGUGUGUAUGUUAGACCCUGCUAUCAAGUUUUUUGGACCCCGAGGAGCCGUGCAGUGCCAGCAUAAUACAUAGGAAUGGUUGUAGCAAGCCGAUCGCUGGCGGGCACCCCUGCCAUGGUUCCCGGCCACUCCACCCAUGACUUCUGCUGAUUAUGUUGGGUAAGCCUCAGGUGACUUCUAUCCUUCGCCUGGGCAGGACGCCACACCUGCUAGCUGGAACAGGCUGGGCCCGUGUAUGCAGGACCCGGCAUGGGUCAAAAUGAGCUCGACUGCCCAACUUACCAAGAAGAGGAAGAAACCAGAGAUUAAGCCUCAGUCCCAGAUAAAUAAGUGCCUUAAUGAGAAGCGGCGACGAGAGGAAGAGAACACACGCAUAGAAGAACUGGCAGAGCUGCUCCAGGCCUUCAUCGCCUCUGACAUGAGCUCACUCUCUGUCAAGCCCGACAAGUGCGCCAUCUUGCAGCAGACGGUCAACCAGAUCCGGCGCAUCAAGGCCAUCGAGGGAGCGGGAGAGUCGGCCGUGCAGCAGGGCGAAGUCUCAUCCUCCAGGCCAUCACUGCUUCCGCCCCAACGCCUGGCACCCCUACUGCUUGAGGCUUUCGGUGGCUUCAUCUUCCUUGUAAGCACUGAUGGGAAAAUAGAGUUUGUGUCGGACAGAGUGAGCCAGUUCAUCAAGUUUACCUCGGAGGACUUGACGGGGAAGAGUAUCUACAACAUUAUCCAUGUAGGAGACCAUGCCAAAUUCUCCUCUUCUUUUAUGUCAAUAGGUUGGCCCAGUGAAGCAGCGUGUGAAUCAUCGAGGAGUCGCAGCUUCAACUGUCGCCUCCUGGUCAAGCCUCCAGAUGACCAGGAGGAGACUAUGGAAGAGAAGCAACAACGGGUGUCCCAGUAUGAGAAUAUGCAGAUUUCUGCAGUGCUUUUACCUUCGUUUAUUGUGGACAAAAGUAACAGUGAAUCCUUUGAAGGUGAAGGUCAACAGUGCCUAAUUUGUGUGGUUCGGCGAAUUCCUCCCAACGAACGCAUCCAGGGAAUCCCUGUCGAGCAGUUCACCACCAAGCUGGACAUCCAGGGAACCAUCAUUGACAUUGAUGCCACCGGGGUGUCUCCCAAAUACAGUCAGUACAUCAGUAGGGAAAGAGUGAAGGAGCGAUUUAUUGAGCUGAUUCACCAGGGGGACGUCACCAAAGUCACUGGCCAUCUGAAGGAGACGCUGCAGGCAGGCCAGGCGAUCUCUCAAGUGUACCGUGUUAAGUUUGGGGGUGACCGCUGCAUUCGAGUGCAGACCAAGUCUAAAUUCUUCCACGACGCUGACGGGAGCCAGCCGGAGGGAAGCUACAUUAUGGCAACACAUUCUAUUAUUGGGCCUUUCCAAGAAGGCAAUGGUUCGGCAGCAGCAGAGAGAUUGCUGCCAGGAACCUCAGGCAACGGAGGGUCCGUGCUGGACGAGUCACUGGCGGGGCGGCCGAGCAGUACAGGGGGGGCGGGGGAUGACUCGGGUGUCAGCUCCCUCGGCGACAACACUCGACUGCGGAACCUCCUCAGUCACACGGAGAGCAGCGCUGACCUGGCCUCAGAUAAUCCAAAAAACAAAAUUCUCAAGGAUCUCCUGAACCAGAAGGAUGAGGAUGAUGGGCAGAGCGGCCUGGUAGGCAGCGGUGACGGCAACAACAGCCUGGAGCGACUCAUCUCCAGGGUGCCUUCCCACCACGACUUCAAGCCCAUCUCCUGCCCCUCACCCUCUGUCAACUCUAACACCAACAACAUGCUGAGAGAUCUGCUGAAUGAUGACGAUGACAACGAGAACAGAGAUACCAUUUGGGAUCUCCUGGAUAAGAAUGCAGAUGAGAAGAAGCCAGACCUCAUCUCCGACUUCAAGCCACCGCAGGGACUAGGAGGAGCAGGAGGUGGCAAUGCAGGUGGAGGAGGAGGUGGCGGAGGAGGAACUGGUACUGGAACAGGAGGUGGAGGCAGUGGAGGUGGAACUGUAGCUGGGAGUGGAGGAGGUGGAGGAAAUAGUGGAAGUGGAGGUGGAAGUGGUAGUAAUAGUGGUGGCAGUGGAGGAACAACAGGAGGAGGUGGAGGAAGUGUUGGACCACUCUCCUGUAACUCCACUUUAUCUUCAUCCAACACUCUGAGCACCAUGACGGCCUCCUCCCCAAACCUACCCCAGUCAACCAGUGCCGGCCUGCCCCAGCGAGCCCACAGUCCCGACCUGCUCAGCACCCCAAGUAACCAUAGAGGCCUCAAGCGUUCCAGCGAUGAAGCUCACGACGGCAAUCCCAAUAAACAGCAAAUGAUUAGAACAUUUGAGAGUUUACUGGACCCAUCACCCCCUGGGUCCUCCAUGAGCCCUGCCCCGGUCCUGCAUGGAGGACCCCCCACUCCUCUUGGUGGGCCCUCCACCCCCCAUGGAGGCCCUACCACCCCUCAUGGAGGCCCUUCCACUCCCCACGCUGGCCCCACCACCCCCCAUGGCCCUUCCACGCCUCUUGGGAACAACACUGGAGGAGCAAUUGCAGGAGGGGGAGGGGGAGGAGGUGGAGGAGGAGGGAGUGGAGGAGGAGGAAUGGGAUCUAACAUGAAUAACCAAGGACCGUCAUCUUCCUCUAAGCUGUGGGAGAAGAACAAGAUGCUGGCAACACUCCUGGCAAGAGAUCCUGUUCACAUCAGCCAGGGGCCCCUACCACAUGCUAAUCCACAAGGUUUGCCUCAAGAAAAGCUUCCAAAAGACUUGGAUAAGAAGUUGCAGAAUCACACGUGGCAGCCGUCUCGCAGCCAGGGCCAGCCCGAGAUUCUGACACAGCUCCUUACUAACCGACAGACCAGCAAAGUCACUACUUCCAUAGGUUCAAGUAACUUGGGCCUCGGUUCUCAGAUGCGCACUCCAGGCACCCACACUUCCAUGAUGUGCAACCAGUCCAGCCUCUCUUCACAGGGCCACGUUCCCUCCCAGCCUUCCUUAACCUCCCAGAGUGGCCAUGGCGUGAAGAAUAUCAACUUGAGUGGGUCAGCGAGUGUGCAAACGUCUAUGAGUGGCCAGGUGUCGUUGAGUGGCCCUGGGUCACUGGCAGUCAACAGUGGUGUGUCUGUGUCAUCCCCUUCCAUGUCCACCACCACCACCAACACGUUGCCUCCCUUCAAGGACUGCAUGAAGUUGAAUGUGCUAGGGACAGUGAGCAAUAGUUUUCCAGACGGUUCUUUGCCUUCUAUCACUACGGCCACCUCCUCCUUCAACACUAUACACAACAAUGAUGAUUAUCUCCGAGAGACUGUUAUAAACGACAUUUUAGAGAUGACCAAGUCCUUUGCAGCCAAUCCCUGUCCAGAGGAGUUAGGGCUGCAGCCGGAGUCUCUGCCUGAAGACUCGCAGCAGCCUCCAUCAUCAUCAGCUCACGAGAUCAUGGAGAUUCAGAAGAUUCAGAAGUCGCUCAUGUCAGACUUGGAGACUCCUGCAACACCAACAGUGACUGGUGCUGGCCCUCUACCUCCGUACAGCACUCAGCAGUCUAUCCAGUCCCGUAGUAGCUACCCUCCGCCCUACACUCAUCGAGCAGUGCGGUUUCCCAACAUGGGGCCGGCACCAGGGUCUGGCGGCGUCAACCUUGCAUCCCUCAUGGUGCGCCCCAACAACCCUCAGUUUGCUGCUGGGAAUCCCACCUUAACGUCUCGGCCAACUCUUCCUAAUCAGCGUGCCAGUAUGAUGCUGAACCAACAGCAGACCCGGAAUCGGCUCCUGCACGCCCAACAGCAGCAGGUGCUCGUCCCGUCCAACACGUCUGACGUCUCCCAGCCUUCCCAGACCUCCUACCAGAGCAUGGAUGACCUCUUCAACAACACCGCUGCUCCGCCAAACGUGAAUGUCACUCUCCAGCGUAAUGUAGCAGAGUCUCAAACCUCUCCCAACUACAACCUGCUCAACUCGACUCUCGUGGGGGCUGGUCAGAUGUCACCCGGCCAGCAACGCAUUCCCCAGCCUCCAUAUUCCCCACACGGCCAAACCACAUCCCCAUUACCCGGCCAACAGUACACUACCAGUGGACAGAUGGGAGGCUAUCAGGGAGUGCAGGGCUCUCAGCUCUCCCCAAGACUCUCCCAAGGGUCACCAGCUCCACCAAACUACCAGCCAGGGAGUCAGCCGCUGCCCCAGAUGUCCCCUACGGGUCCUGGCACCCCAGGCACGCCUGGGGUACAAGUUCCUCCCGGGCAACAGAGUCCUGUGUGGUCGUCCCCCAGCUCCCAGCGGCCCUCACUCAUUUCACAGAACCCAAUGCUUAAUGCACAACUUUCCUCUUUCAUGAGAACCGACGGCACUCGGCAGUUUAGCGGUGGAGGGCGGCCGGGCCAGAUACCCAGCAUGAGAUCCGUCCCCAGUCCUGGCCCUCGGCAGUCCCCCUACCAGGGCAUGGGCCCCCCCACCCCUGGUGCUGGUGGUCAGGGAGACCCAGGCCCUUAUCCUCCCUCCUCUCCACAGCAGGGACAAGGCCCAUUACUUUAUCAACAGCAGCAGCAACAGCAGCAACAACCACAGCAGCAACAGCAGCCACAGCAGCAGCAGUACCGCGGCAUCCAGAGAACCAUGUCAGCCCCUGUGGGAAUGCCCGGAGGUGUGCACUCCCCGCGCAGUGCUCACCCCUACCCGCCGGCCCCGGGCCACCACCAUGACCCACCCGCACCCCCUUCCCACCCGCCACCAGCUGCAGGCGGCCACCUCCCCGGCCCGCACUCUGUGCCACCUUCCUCCUUAGGCCACGCCCACAUGGUGCACCACCACCCAGGCUCCCUCCCCCCCUCACUCAUGACCUCCACCGGCUCCCCCAUGGGACCCGUGGCCGUGUCCUCAUCUGGGCCGGUGGAGGGGGCUCACAUGAUGGGGGGAGGACCCAUGGGGGGCGGCGGCCCUGGGGGUGGGAUGCCAGGGCUGGUUGGAGGGGUAAUGCCCCAGGGCUACGAUGGGGGUCUCCCACCCCACCCUCACAACUAUGAGGUGGCUGCCCACUACUAUGGGGCCCCUGACCCAGCCAGGACCUCUUCGGGCGGGAAUGGCAUGCUCAGUGAGUACACUCGAAACGAACUGCGGGCCCAUGUUGGUGCCCGGAGCACAGGGGGUGGGGGGGGAGGGGGAGGACCAGGCUCCCCUUCCCCCAACCAGCAGCAGCCACCACAGCAACAACAACAGCAACAGCAACAGCCACAGCCACAACUACAACAACAACAGCAACAACAACAACAGCAGCAACAACAGCAGCAGCAACAACAACAACAGCAGCAGCAACAACAACAGCAACAGCAACAGCAGCAGCAGCAACAACAGCAGCAGCAGCAACAACAACAGCAGUCCCAACAAACACAACCACCACAACUGGCCUUCCAACAAACCCCCGACCAACACCACCAUCACCACCACCACCUUGACCAGCCGCUACUUCAUUCUUACUCCCCCUCAGAAAGCAGCAAGUGGGGAGGAGAAGGUGUGAACACGAGUCAAGCAGGAGGACUAAGCACAUCCCCUAGAGUGAGUAUGGACGAUAGCCGCAGCAGUGGUGGCGGAGACAAAGGGAAGUCAGAGAGCAUGCUGAAGCACCUGCUGUCCAAAUAAUAUUCUCAGUGGGUCGCUGCAUCGCAUCAUCCAAAUGCUCACCUGCACACUCGUCUCCUUGGCCACUCUGUCUCUGCUGACCCGCCUGCUGCCAGUCACUGAGAGUUGCAGGUUGCACCACGGCUGUGUCUCUGUGGUGGCAAUUGUGGAGCACGUGCACCCCAAUGCUGGGGAAAAAACUUCUUUUGCUUGACUGACUGGUAUAGUUUUCUUUGUGAUGAAGCCAAGGUUUUAUUCACUGUGUAAGGAAGAUGGAUGUAAAAUUAUUGUUUUAUUCUACAAGUAUUAAACCUGUGCCUGUAA